UGCAGAGUGGCCAGCUGCAGCUUGCUACUGUAAGGCUCCUCCGCCCCAGUUUGCUCACCCUGCAUCCCUCCUGCACGUUCCGAAAACCCUGUCGCCGUGUGCAAUUCUUUUGGUCCUGAACUCGGCAGGCAGUUUAGGGCAAAGCAUGACGAAGUCGAGCCCCUGGGGGCUAAGACUCCUCAGGGAAGUCACAGGAACCAAGUAGGAGACCGGGCUAUCCUCCAGGAUGGAAUGCAGAGCGGGUCUCCGCGCGACUGCGGCAGGCGGGCGUCCACGGUGUCGGGCUCCCUCCCCGCGCGUAGCUGCGACCUGUGGGGGCGCGCGCGGCCUCAUGGGGUUCCCGCGGGCGCGUGCCGGGCGGGGAGCGCGCAGGGCGGAGAGCCGGGCGCGAGCGCCGCCGCUCACCUGCCGCGGGCGCCACCGCGGACGUGCCACGCGGGUGGCCCGCGUUCUUCAGCAGCACCGGAGGAGCCCCCAUCGGCCUGGGAGUGCCAAGAGGACAGGGGUUAAAAUGAACGAAGACCUGAAGGUCAAUUUAAGCGGGCUGCCUCGGGAUUGUAUAGAUGCCAGUGCUCCGGAGAACAUCUCAGCCGCUGUCCCCUCCCAGGGCCCUGUUGUGGAGUCAGAACCUGAGCUUGUUGUCAACCCCUGGGACAUUGUUUUGUGCAGCUCAGGAACCCUCAUCUGCUGUGAAAAUGCCGUUGUCGUCCUUAUCAUCUUCCACAGCCCCAGCCUGCGAGCACCCAUGUUCUUGCUGAUAGGCAGCCUGGCUCUUGCAGACUUGCUGGCUGGCCUGGGACUCAUCAUCAAUUUUGUGUUUGCUUACCUGCUUCAGUCAGAGGCCACCAAGCUGGUCACAAUCGGACUCAUUGUCGCCUCUUUCUCUGCCUCUGUCUGCAGUUUGCUGGCUAUCACUGUGGACCGCUACCUCUCCCUGUAUUAUGCCCUGACGUACCACUCUGAGAGGACCGUCACAUUUACCUAUGUCAUGCUGGUUAUGCUCUGGGGGACCUCCAUCUGCCUGGGGCUGCUGCCUGUCAUGGGCUGGAACUGCCUGAGGGAUGAAUCCACCUGCAGCGUGGUCAGACCUCUCACGAAGAACAAUGCUGCGAUCCUCUCCAUCUCCUUCCUCUUCAUGUUUGCACUGAUGCUUCAGCUCUACAUCCAGAUCUGUAAGAUUGUGAUGAGGCAUGCCCAUCAGAUAGCCCUGCAGCACCACUUCUUGGCCACAUCGCACUAUGUGACUACCCGGAAAGGGGUCUCAACCCUGGCUCUCAUCCUGGGGACCUUCGCUGCGUGUUGGAUGCCUUUCACGCUCUAUUCCUUGAUCGCCGAUUACACCUACCCCUCCAUCUAUACCUACGCCACCCUUCUGCCCGCCACCUACAAUUCCAUCAUCAACCCUGUCAUAUAUGCUUUUAGAAACCAAGAGAUCCAGAAAGCCCUCUGCCUCAUUUGCUGUGGGUGUGUCCCUUCCACGCUGUCCCAGAGAGCGCGGUCUCCCAGCGACGUGUAGCAGCCUUCCUCCUGCAGGACACUGCCUCUACUAAGCACCCCCACUGCCCAGGGUGGCCAGUGCUGUCCUCCCCUGGAAUUCUUUGCACUGGGUUAUCCCAAGCAGAAGAAUGACAUCAGAUAAGCGAGGACAGUGGAAAAAUCACGUCACCAGUGUUAAAGCAAAAAGGACUUCUCUGCUCAGCAUUAUGUUGUUGGCUUUGGAAGUUAGGUUUAUUAUUAUUUUUAAAAAUAUUUUACUUAAGAGGUUUUUGUUUGUUUGUUUAGAAGGUGUAGUGGGACCCCAUGUGGCCAUGAAAUUCUGCACAAGUCCCAGGAUUUUUAACCUAGACUUGAAAAUAAAUCAGUUUUUAAGGAAACUGGAGAAGGAAUUUUUCUGGAUUUAAAAAAAAUCAAGGUAGAUCUUCCAUUCUGUAUGUAUCUAACAGGAUAUGAGUUUUUCCAUAUGACCAAAAUAGUUUACAUAAUUAUGUUUGGAAAGACUUGUUUUCAGUAACACGAACUCAGUAACAAGUUACCGAUAACAAAAUCACAAACUCCUUUGUUCUUUCUCUGCUAUCAGCAGUCACUGCUCGUGAGAAUUACUUUGCAGUUUCUCCAUGUCACAGUUUGGUAUGCAUGGUUACCUGUGAUAGAUAGACCACUAAUUGCAAUAUUGCCACAUUAAACCCAGAAUUAAAAGUCAUUUUUCAAUACAGUUUUAA